GACACGAUCACCAUCAAUACGUGUUACUGCAAUACUGAAGGUGUUGGUGUUGACCUUUGCCCCAGGUCUCUCUAGGUAUACUGCUCUGUCAUCAUGAGUGUGGUCACUUCCAGCCUGUCUACGGACCAAGAGGAGAAGCUGCUCUCUCUGUUUGGUCAUGUCAGACUCCAUCUGCUCUAUAAAGCCAGCAUCCAUGGCUACAAGGCUAGGGGUUUCCAUGACCGCUGCAAUUAUCAGGGGCCCACUGUGAUUGCAGCUUACAACAAAGCUGGGUUCGUGUUUGGAGCCUAUACAUCAAAAGACUACAGUGCAAUCGAUUGUGAUGUCACCGAUGAUAAGGCUUUUCUCUACAGCAUCACUGAGAGGGGGCGGGGGGCGCUGAGGAUAGCAAGUGUUGAUGGGGAGCACGGAUUCAAAGAUGGAGAAACCGGUCCAGAUUUUGGUGCUUUGUAUUUCUUGGAUGAUGACAAACCCAAGGUUCUGUCCAGCCCGGGGAUCGGCUUCAUGUUUAACCCCUCACAGAUGCACGGAGAUGACUUGGACCUGACUGAGUUUGAAGUAUAUCGAGUGGAAGAGUUGGGAGGUCUCCUGGCCAAACCCUGGAGGAAUGUAAAAUGGACUGCUGAGAGAAAACAGCAGUUGAUGCAAACUAUCCAGAACUAUAAGCCUGACAUCCAUUCAGUGUCUCAAGCCAAGGUGCUGCUGGUUGGGUAUGUUGGCUUUGGCAAGUCCAGCUUCUUUAACUCCAUCAACUCCAUAUUCCGUGGCAACAUGACAUGCCAGGCCAUCUGUGGUGUUGCAGAAAAGAGUGUGACCAACCAGUUCCGCACCUUUAAUAUCAAGGUGGGGAAAGGUGGUAAAACUCUUCCCCUGAUUUUGUGCGACACUAUGGGGCUGGAGCAAACUGCUGAUGCUGGCUUGGAUAUGGAGGACAUAGUCAACAUCUACAAGGGUCACAUACAAGAUCGAUAUCAGUUUAACCCUGCAUCACCUCUCCAGCUGGAUGCUCCUGGCUAUAAGAAGCAUGUGACUCUGAAGGACGUAAUUCACUGUGUGGUGUAUGUGGUUGACACCUGCAGUGUCUCUCUCUUUACUGAAAAAGUACUGGAGAGGUUUGCCACCAUUCGUAAAAAGACCAACCAGUUGGGCAUUCCCCAGCUUGUCCUGAUGACCAAAGUGGAUAAGGCCUGUCCUCUCGUAGCAAAGGAUUUAAGGAAUGUCUAUCUCAGUGAUUACAUCCACAAGAAGGCCCUGGAGUUGAGUGCAUCUCUGGGCAUCCCUUUGUCCUGCGUGCUGCCCGUGAAGAACUAUAGCCACGAGCUGGAGCUGGAUCUGAAUACUGACCUGCUGCUCCUCACUGCUGUGGAUCAGAUGCUCAACUACACAGACAGCUUUUUUGAGAACCAAAUCAUUGAUGAAAAAGAGGGUUUGGUACGUAUUAUUGAUCCUUACAACCUUUCCCAACCAACAUUCUCCAAUAAUAACACUAGAUCUAUUGUAUGACAGGAAACGUUCAUUACCCAAACCCUCAAAGCAAGUGGCCAAUUUGAUUAAAAAAAAAAGUAUUUAGAUAGGUAGGGGAAAUCCUAGGGAGAAUGUGGGGUGUCAGUAGCAGCAUGUGAUAACAGGAGGUGAGACCGUUCAUUCACUGGUUUUAUGUCUGUUCUUUUUAUUGAAUCAGGUCUAACAAAGUACAAAACACACACACACACACACACACACACACACACACACACACACACACACACACACACACACACACACACACACACACACACACACACACACACACUUGUCACUGCUGUAUUUAUCCAUUUAUCCAUCCAUCACCCAUGUGGUGUUUCUGUUGUGAUAUGGGGACUCGCCUUGUGACUGGUUAAAUUGUCUGUUUCCAACAAAUCAUGUAUCCAUUACUGACUUUUUUCAUUUCAAUCACUUUAUGACAUGCUUGUGUGCGAUAGCCAUCCAUAAAAUAAAUGUUAUAACCAUCGCAAUUCGAUCUUCGUACUUCUUGACACUCCCAUCGAUUUAGCUAAAAAGUGAUGUUAACAUAGCAGCGCGAACUCUUUUGAUAAUGUUUUGUCUUUGUACUGAACACUGUGU